AUGGCGCUCUCGGGAGCGGUGUGCACAGUCUCCGUGCAGGCCGACCUCGAGACCAGCGGCACCCUCUCUCGGCUGCAAGGCACAUACCGGGAGGAGAGCCCGGGCGUGUACCGCCGCGAGGACGGCGAGUUCUACCUGCUCCGGGUCGAGGACGUGCCCGGCCUGAAGGCGGCGGCGGAGCCUGGCUGGUGUUUCGCGAGCGACCUGUCGGGCAAGGCGCGCCUCGCGUGGGCGGCGUCGCAGGGCGCCGCCCAGCCGGCCGAGGCGGGCUGGCUGGCCGAGGCCGAGGACGGGUGGCAGGGGGCCGCGGCACCCGUGCCGCUGACGGUGGCGCACACCGAGGCGCCGCGCAGCCCCGAAGAUGAUGCCCGCCCCCUGGACUGCCUGCUUGGCGCCCUCGAGGCCACGUACGAGGCACUGACGCACCCUGACACGCAGCAGUGCAUGCAGUCGGCCGCCCAGCAGACUUGCGGCCUCGCAAAGGAGCUCUGGGCGCACGCCUGGGUCGCGAUCUCCGCCCACGCCCAGCGGCUCUGCGCCGACCGGGGGGCUGCGCACGGCGCCGGGCCGCUCCAGCGGCCCGCGGCCCCCGCGGCCGCCGCGCGCCCGGCGGCCGACGAGGUCGCGGCGCCCGCGCCGCCCGCCGCCGCGGAGCAGCACGAGGACGCGCUCUCGGCCGCCUCGGAGGUUGUCUCGGAGGAGCUGGACCAGGAGACCGCAAGCAUCACCGACGCGGACGCGGACGAGCUCGCCUCGGAGCUCGGGUGGGACCACGUGCAGCUCCCGGACGCGAUCUGCGGGAUCGUGGACGAAGUGGGCCACCGCAAGACGCGCGCGGCGUGA